AUGUUAUUUAGCCCCGCCAUUAGUGAGGCGGAAAUACAGGCGGUGCAGGACGGAGUCGCAAAUGACGUCCGCAGUGACGGGCGGACGCUGACGCAGCGGCGGUCAUUCACCAUCCGCAGAACCCACAACGCGGGGGCCUCGCUUACGGAUAUGGAGUACGACGGCAGCUGCGUGGAGGUGCAGUGCGGUGGCACCACCGUCGUGGCCGCUGCAACCCCAUCCGUCGUCGAGGUGGGUGGGCGAAGUGAGGCGGCGUCAGCAGGAAGGGCGCGGGGCCCACUGUUCAUCAGCAUUGACGCUGUGCCCGCCGUGGUGGACUAUUACGCCCAGACGCUGCGUAACCGUGGUGCCCGUUACCGUCAUGCGUUUCUCUCUUUUGUGGCCACAACUGUUCGCCAGACCUUCGGCGCCGCGGGGGUGACAGUGCGCGAGCAGUUGGGCGUGGCAGAGGCAGAGCGCCUCGACGAGGGGGAAAACGCUGCGACGACGGAUGAUCAUGCCAACGACGAAGGUGCGGGUGGUGAGUUGCGGCAAGGCAAAGACCUCGAGGAGGAGGCGUGGAGCGGUGUUGGAUUUCCAGGCGAGGACCUGUACAUUGGCGGCGGCUACGCGUUCCGCACAGACGUGGACGUUCACGUGCUACAAACAAACGGCGGAAACCUUCCCUCCAUCAUCUCCCUUGCGGUGCACGCCGCACUAAAGUCGAUGCGGCUGCCGUGCGUCACCCUGCAUGAGGCCUCUGGCGGCGUGUCGCUGGAGGUGGAUCGGAAUAAACCCUUUCGCCACCCCGUGGACUGGUCGCGGCUGCCCGUGCUGACUGUCCUGCUGAUAUCCCCUACACGGCACUACGUCGUGGACCCCACUCCCCUGGAGGAACUGGCGCUGCCGCAACAACUCCACCUGGCCGUUAACGCAGCAGGGCAGGUGUGCUACAUGCGGUACCAGCAACUCCCGUCACGCCGCGGCAAUGCAUGGCGGCUGGGGACUGGCGCCCAGCGGGGUGGGACGGGCGACACGGCGGAGUCGCUGCUUCCCACCGGAAUCAACGUGCCGGAUUUGGAUGCCGUGCUGCAUGACGUGCCAUACAUUUGCCAGGCGAUAAUCUCUGAGUGUGACGAGGCCCUCCAUAAAAGCGAGUAA